AUGGACGACGAUCAAAUAGUAAAACGAGACGAGGAGCAGGAAAUUAUUGACCAUGCCGACGAUGAUGAUAUCCCUAGUGACGAGAAAGAUGAGGAAAAUGUAUUCGAUUCUUCUGAAGAGGACGAUAAUUUAGAUGAUGAUGAAGACGAAGCUCGUAAAGUCAAAGAAGGGUUUAUUGUUGAUGAUGAUGAAGAAGACGAAGGCGAUACUGGGUCUGGUGCGGUGAGUAAUAAAAGAAAGCGCAAACAUAAGAAAAGAAAUAGAGAAAGAGAAGAGAUGGAGGACGCUUUAUCUGAAGACGAUUUAGAUCUAUUAAUGGAAAAUGCAGGUGUAAAAAGAUCUACGGACGAAUCUAGAAGUAGUUCAAGCAGAUUGAAAAGGUUAAAACGAGUUGGAAGCGAGGAUAAUGAUGGAGUGGAUGGCGAAUCUGGUUCUCGUGAUAGAAACAGAGAUACGGCAACAGGGACUUCACAAUUAGAUUCUAUCUUUGCUGACGAUAUGGAUGAAGAGGAAGAAGAAGAUUUAUCUAGGAACAGAAGGAAUAGCUAUGAUGAAGAUGAGGAUGAUGUUGAUAAUAGACAUAUGACUACUCGUAAAGGUGGUAUCCUAGAUGAAUUAGAUGACUUCAUUGAAGAAGACGAGUUUUCAGACGAGGAUGAAGAAACAAGACAACAAAGAAGAGAAGAAAGAAAAUUACAGCAACAACAAAGAUUGAAACAACCAACAAAAAUAUUAGGUUUGUCAUCUGAGAAAAUUGAUGAGAUGUACGAUAUAUUUGGUGAUGGACAUGAUUAUGAUUGGGCUCUGGAAAUUGAAAAUGAAGAAUUGGAACAAGGAAUUUUACCAGAGGAUAUACAAGAUGAAGAAAGAGAAAUUGAAGAUGAGGAUAGUGGUGUUAAAACUUCAAAGAAAUCUCAGUUACAAGACAUUUUUGAUCUAGAAGAUUUGAAGGAAAAUCUUUUGACAGAAGAAGACAUGGUUAUUAGAAAAACUGAUAUACCAGAGCGGUAUCAAGAGAUUAGAGCUGGUAUAUCAAAUUAUGGUAAUUUAUCAGUUGAGGAUCAAUUAUUAGAGAAGAACUGGAUUAGUGAUAAGAUUGCUGUUGAUAAAAAUUUUGAGCCUUCAUAUGACUUGAGUGAAUUUAAGGAGGCUAUUGGUCAUUCCAUUAGGUUUGUUACUCAAGAUAAUUUAGAGGUGCCAUUCAUAUAUGCAUAUCGUCGUAAUUAUAUUACAUCCAGAAAACCUGGUGGAUUUGCUCUAUCAGAAGAUGAUUUGUGGGAAAUUGUUAAAUUAGAUAUUGAAUUCCAUAGUAUUAUUAAUAAAAAGAAAUAUGUUAAGAAGUUUUACGAUGAUUUGAACAUUCAUGAUUCAAAUGUAGAUGAUUACUUCCAAAAUCAAAAUUCUUCAUCAGUUGCUGAAUUAAAUGCAUUACAAGAUAUUCAUGCCUAUUUGGAAUUUAAAUAUGCUAAAGAAAUUAACUCCAGUAUGAUGAAUCAAGUAGAACACAAUGGUAAAAGACAUUUAAAGAGUUCUAGCUAUGAAAAAUUUAAGGCAAGUCCAUUGUAUCAAGCUAUCAAAGAGAUUGGUAUUAGUGCUGAAGAAGUCGGCAACAACAUUAGUGCUCAACACCAAAUUCAUACACCUCAAGAUCAUGCAUCCUUAAAACCAGCAGAAAUAAUAAGUAACAUUGUUGACGAAAAUUCCAAAGAACUUCAAAUAUUUACAUUGAAUAAGGCAUUAGCAAUUGACACUGUUAAGAAAUAUUACUCAUUAGAAUUGUCCAAGAACAUUAAGAUAAGAGAGAAGGCCAGAUCAGAUUUUUAUAAAUACUAUUUAGUUGAUGUUGUGCUAACUAAGAAGGGUAAAAAUGAAAUUCAAAGAGGUUCCAUAUAUGAAGAUAUCAAAUAUGCUAUAAAUAGAACUCCACUACAUUUUGCAAGAGAUCCAGAUGUAUUUUUGCGUAUGCUAGAGGCAGAAUCCUUGAACUUAAUGAACAUCAAAUUACACAUGUCCUCUCAGGAUCAAUAUAUAGAACAUCUUUUUCAAAUUGCACUAGAGACUACUAAUACGUCAGAAUUAGCAACCGAAUGGAAUAAAUUUAGAAAGGAAGCUUUUAGAGAAGCACUAUCACUUAUCUUUGUGGAUAUAUCUCGUGAAAUUAAAGAUGAUUUAACCAAAUUAUGCCAAAAGAAAGUGGCUAAAAUAGUACGUCAUAAAUUUAUGACUAAACUAGAUCAAGCACCAUUUAUUCCAAAUUUGAAAGAACCAAAAAUCCCUAGAGUGUUGACAUUAACAUGUGGGCAAGGUAGAUUUGGAUCGGAUGCUAUUAUUGCUGUUUUUGUGAAUCGUAAGACAGAUUUCGUUAAAGAUUUUAAGAUUACUGAGAAUCCUUUUGAUAGGGCAAGCCCAACAGCCUUUGAUGAUGUUUUAGAUCAAAUUAUCCAAAAUUGCCAACCAAAUGCUAUUGGUAUUAAUGGUCCAAAUCCUCAAACUGAAAGAUUCUACAAAAGGGUUCAAGAAGUAAUCCAUAGGAAACAAAUUGUUGACAGUCGAGGUCAUACGAUCCCUGUUAUUUUUGUUGAAGAUGAGGUCGCCCUUCGUUACCAAAAUUCAAAAAGAGCUCUUGAUGAAUUCCCAAAUAAACCACCUUUGGUUAAAUAUUGUAUUGGUUUAGCUCGUUAUAUGCAUUCUCCAUUAUUAGAGUACGCUAAUUUGACUAAUGAAGAGUUAUUAUCCUUAAGUAUACACCCAUUCCAAUCAUUAUUACCAAGGGACAUAUUUGAACAAAUAUUGGAAACUGCAUUUGUGGAUAUAGUUAAUUUGGUUGGUGUUGAGAUUAACAAAGCUACAAAUAACGAUUAUUAUGCCAAGUGUUUAAGAUACAUCGCAGGUUUUGGUAAGCGUAAAUCUUUAGAUUUUAUUCAAUCUUUACAUAGAUUGAAUGAACCAUUAUUGGCUCGUCAACAAUUAAUUACUCAUAAUAUUUUGCAUAAAACGAUUUUCAUGAACUGUGCAGGUUUCCUGUACGUUUCAUGGAAUGAAAAGAAACAAAGGUACGAAGAUUUAGAAUAUGAUCAAUUAGACAGCACAAGAAUUCAUCCAGAAGAUUAUCAUUUAGCUACCAAAGUGGCAGCUGAUGCUCUUGAAUAUGAUCCUGAUGUAAUUGCUGAAAAGGAAGAUCAAGGUACAAUGAGUGACUUUAUUGAGUACUUAAGAGAGGAUCCGGAUCGUAGGACCAAGUUAGAGUCAUUAAAUUUGGAACAAUAUGCAGAGCAAUUAGAAGCCAAAACAGGACAAAGAAAAUUAAACAAUUUGAGUACUAUCGUGCUAGAAUUGUUAGAUGGGUUUGAAGAGUUGAGAAACGAUUUCCAUCCAUUACAAGGUGAAGAGAUUUUCUAUGCAUUAACAGGUGAAACUGAUAAGACAUUUUUCAAAGGUUGUAUAGUUCCUGUUAGAGUUGAAAGAUUCUGGCAUAAUGAUAUUAAGUGUAUUACAAAUUCAGGUAUAGAUUGUACUGUUAAUGCACAACGUCAUGCUGGUGUGCAGUAUAGAAAACCACCAAAUGAAAUUUAUGAAAUUGGUAGAGUGUAUCCUGCUAAAGUGGUUUAUAUUGAUUAUCCGAAUAUAUCUGCAGAAGUAUCGUUAUUAGAAAAUGAUAUUAGGCAUAAAUAUGUUCCAAUUAAUUAUAGCAAAGAUCCAUCUAUAUGGGAUUUGAAGCAAGAAAUGAAGGAUAUGGAGGAAGAAAAGAAAAUUACUAGUGAAAGAGCACGUGAAAAGAGAACACAUCGUGUUAUUAAUCAUCCAUAUUACUUCCCAUUCAAUCACAAGCAAGCAGAGGAUUAUUUAAGAAGUAAGGAACGUGGUGAUUUUGUGAUUAGACAAUCUAGUCGUGGUGACGAUCAUUUAACAAUUACUUGGAAGUUGGAUAAGGAUCUAUUCGAACAUAUAGAUAUUAAGGAGUUAGAUAAAGAAAAUCCAUUAGCAUUAGGUAGAGUAUUAAUUGUGGAUAAUCAAAGAUACCAUGAUUUGGAUCAACUGAUUGUGGAAUAUUUACAACAUAAGGUUAGAUUAUUGAAUGAGAUGAUGUCUAAUGAAAAAUUUAAACGUGGCAAUGCUAAAGAUGUUAGAAAAUUCAUUGAAGAUUACUCUAAAGUCAAUCCAAAUAAAUCUGUUUAUUAUUUUAGUCUAAAUUACGAUCACCCUGGAUGGUUUUACAUUAAUUUCAAGAUUAAUUCGUCGAAGCCAUUAUACACAUGGAAUGUUAAGUUAACUAAUACAGGGUUCUAUUUAGUCAAUUAUAAUUAUCCAAGUGUGGUUCAAUUAUGUAAUGGUUUUAAGACAUUGUUAAGAGCAAAUAGAAACAAGCAAUUGGCUGCUUCUCAACAAAAAUAA